AUGGAGGCGCCCCCAGUUACUAUGAUGCCCGUCACCGGCGGCACCAUCAACAUGAUGGAGUACCUGCUCCAGGGAAGCGUUUUGGACCAGAGCCUUGAGAGCCUACUGCACCGCCUGCGCGGUCUGUGCGACAACAUGGAGCCGGAGACCUUCCUGGACCACGAGAUGGUGUUCCUGCUGAAGGGGCAGCAGGCCAGCCCCUUUGUGCUGCGGGCGCGCCGGUCCAUGGACAAGAGCGGGAUGCCCUGGCAUUUGCGCUACUUGGGGCAGCCAGAAAUAGGCGACAAGAACCGCCAUGCACUCGUGCGCAACUGUGUAGACAUUGCUACUUCGGAUAACCUGACGGACUUUCUGGUGGAAAUGGGCUUCCGUAUGGACCACGAGUUUGUGGCCAAAGGGCAUGUGUUCCGCAAGGGCAUCAUGAAGAUUAUGGUGUACAAGAUCUUCCGCAUUCUAAUGCCAGGAAACACAGAGAGCAUUGAGCCACUCUCCCUCUCCUACCUGGUGGAGCUCAACGUGGUAGCACCAGCAGGACAGGAUGUAGUUUCUGAUGACAUGAGGAACUUUGCUGAGCAGCUGAAGCCUCUAGUGCAUCUGGAAAAAAUUGACCCCAAAAGGCUCAUGUGA